AGGCCUGGAAAUGGUUCCGUCCCCAGCUUCUGAUUGGUCAAACCGGAGAAGGCGUGGUCUCCGCAGUCUGGUUCCGCGCGCCAGAGCGCGCUAGCCGCAUUGCGAGCUGGGCUCGGAGCAGGCGCCAUGGUUCUACUGCACGUGCUGUUCGAGCAUGCGGUCGGCUACGCGCUGUUAUCGCUGAAGGAAGUAGAGGAGAUCAGCCUGCUGUUGCCGCAGGUGGAGGAGUGUGUGCUUAACCUUGGCAAAUUCCACAAUGUCGUUCGUCUGGUGGCCUUUUGUCCCUUUUCAUCAUCCCAGGUUGCCUUGGAAAAUGCCAAUGCUGUGUCAGAAGGUGUUGUUCAUGAGGACCUCCGCCUGCUCCUGGAGACAUACCUGCCAUCUAAAAAGAAGAAGGUACUUCUCGGGGUUGGAGACCCCAAGAUUGGUGCUGCGAUACAGGAAGAGUUGGGGUACAACUGCCAAACUGGUGGUGUGAUAGCUGAGAUCCUUCGAGGAGUUCGUCUGCAUUUCCAUAAUCUAGUGAAGGGCCUGACAGAUCUCUCUGCUUGUAAGGCCCAGCUAGGGCUGGGGCACAGCUAUUCUCGUGCCAAAGUUAAGUUUAAUGUGAACCGGGUGGACAACAUGAUCAUUCAGUCCAUAAGCCUCCUGGACCAACUGGAUAAAGAUAUCAAUACCUUCUCGAUGCGUGUCAGGGAGUGGUAUGGGUACCAUUUUCCAGAGCUGGUGAAGAUCAUCAAUGACAAUGCUACAUACUGUCGCCUGGCUCAGUUCAUUGGCAACCGCAGGGAGCUGAAUGAAGAAAAGUUAGAGAAACUGGAAGAAAUUACAAUGGAUGGGGCCAAAGCUAAGGCCAUUUUGGAUGCCUCUCGGUCCUCCAUGGGCAUGGACAUAUCCGCUAUCGACUUGAUAAACAUCGAGAGCUUCUCCAGUCGUGUGGUGUCUUUGUCAGAGUAUCGCCAGAGCCUACACACUUACCUUCGCUCCAAGAUGAGCCAAGUAGCCCCCAGCCUGUCAGCCUUAAUUGGGGAAGCGGUAGGUGCACGCCUCAUUGCUCAUGCUGGCAGCCUCACCAACUUGGCCAAGUAUCCAGCGUCCACAGUACAGAUCCUUGGGGCCGAAAAGGCCCUGUUCAGAGCCCUGAAGACACGGGGUAACACACCAAAAUAUGGACUCAUUUUUCAUUCCACCUUCAUUGGCCGAGCAGCUGCGAAGAACAAAGGCCGGAUCUCCCGAUACCUAGCAAACAAAUGCAGUAUUGCCUCAAGAAUCGAUUGCUUCUCUGAGGUCCCCACAAGUGUAUUUGGGGAAAAACUCCGAGAACAAGUUGAGGAGCGGCUGUCUUUCUAUGAGACUGGAGAGAUUCCACGGAAGAACCUGGAUGUCAUGAAGGAAGCCGUGGUUCAGGCAGAGGAAGCGGCUGCUGAAAUCACCAGAAAGCUGGAAAAACAGGAGAAGAAACGCUUGAAGAAAGAAAAGAAGCGACUGGCUGCACUGGCCCUUGCAUCUUCAGAAAACAGUAGUACUCCAGAAGACUGCACAAAGAGCAGCACAAAAAAGAAGAAAAAGUCCCAGAAAGAGCAGGAUGAUUAA